AUGGAGAACAUCAAAUCACAUGCAUUCCAAAGGAGAGGGAAGCUCUUCUCCGAUUCAAGGCUGCCAUUGUCGAUCGUUACAACAUGCUCUCCUUUGUGUCCUUCAUCUUUCUCAGAACACCAUCACACAACCAAUGAUAAUCUAAUGGGUUUCAAACACCUUGACCUCUCAAAUAAUGUGUUCAAGGGUCGGGAUUUGAAAUCAUUCAUGAACAUAUGCACCCUUCGUUCUCUAGACAUGUCUAGAAACAAUAUAACCGAAGACCUUCCGUCAAUUAUUCAUAAUUUGUCUAGUGGUUGUGCUAGAUACUCACUGCAAGAGUUGCGUUUGUCAUCCAAUCAAAUCAUGGGUUCCAUAACUGACCUUUCAGUAUUCCCAUUUUUAAAAUCAUUGGAUCUUUCUAGUAAUCAAUUGAGUGGAAAGAUACCUGAAGGCAUCAUAUUGUCAUCUCAGUUGGAGCAAUUAUCAAUUGGAUCUAACUCUAUAGAAGGUGGUGUUCCAAAAUCAAUUGGGAGCAUAUGUACGUUGAAGUCAUUGGAUAUGUCCGACAACAAGUUAAGUGAAGAUCUGAGAGUCAUAUUUAAUCAUUUGUCUAUUUGUUCUCGAUACUCAUUACAACAUUUAGAUCUAAGCAUAAAUCAAAUUAGUGGCACUUUGCCCAAUACCCUUUCAAUGUUCCCAUCAUUAAAAAGAUUAUACCUUUAUGGUAACAAGUUAAAUGGAACAAUUUCUAAAGAUCUUCGAUUUCCAAAUGAGCUUGAGGAGUUAUAUUUGAUGUCAAAUUCUUUGAAAGGUGUGAUAGAUGACUAUCAUUUUCAUAAUAUGUCAAUGUUAAAGAUAUUGGUGUUAUCAGGUAACUCACUUUAA